GUAGAAUUGAACACAGUAGAAAGCAGAAUUUAUUGUUUGAUACUCAAGCGGUGGCGAGUAUUUGGACAGGAGAGAGUGAAAAAUAUUGAGGAUACAGUGCUGCAGCAUCUGGAGGAAUUUAAAUCUGAAAUUCGAAGCCAAACAGUCGAAAUUUUAAUACCGGAAAAAAAAGCAAGGAAGAGCGAAUAUUUGACCAGACGACCCCAGCGAUCUACUGGCAAUUAAAUUUUCGGGGACGUCACACUGAUGUAACACAUACAAACAAGCCACGCAAAGUUGCUGACUUUUCAAGGAUAAUUAGUGCCAAGAAAGAAAGUGUGCCUUGAUCAUGAUGAAAUCAUUUUCUCGUCGUUCCUCUCCUUUCGCCAAACGUGAUGACGAAGUCGCGCCGUUCACAAGUGAACUAAAGAAACAGCGACCCCAACAACAUGCAUCUCCUCAAGAAAUAAACUUCGAGAAGAUUAAGUCUGGGGACCGUCUAUUGUCUCCUACGACGGAGGACAACAGAUUGAAGCGCAAGUUCGAAGCAAUUGAUGUACUACUCCAGAUUUUACUUCAUCAAGACGAAUUGACUUUGAAAGAGUACACUAUCAACGAUAGCAAGAUUAAAGUCCUCGUCAUAGAAGAUACUGAGUUCUGACUCUGCUGUAGACGCAGCAUAGGAGCAACAGACAAACUCCGAAGUUCGUUAAAGUCUUAAUCUCAAAAAAACAGAGCAACAACUUUAAUACUUUUGAGUGAUAUUUGAAGACAGUUUAGAGUAUUUAGUCGCACGUGGCGCCUAAAGUCUCACGUGUUAAUAGCACAAACCGCGGAUUUCGAAGUCUCUACAUUUCGAGACAAAAGUAAUGCUUCCUUUCCGUAGGAGCUGGAAAACUUAAGUCAUUAAGCUUAUUUUUGAAAGAUUCGAUGAAGACAUUUUAGUGACUUCUAUUCCUAACCUGUGCUGAGUGUUCAGUUGCUAUAAGUUGCGAUAUGGCCGCUGUCUUUUUAUUGCUUUCAUUUGUGUCCUGCUUUGCUGAUGCUAUCGGGUCCCUGUUGUCACCUGAAACUACGUAGCUGUCGUCUUUCGGACAUACGACAUAGGGAACUGACGUCUAAAUAAAGUUACUUUAAACUUUCUUUAGUAGUCAUUCUUUCAGUGAACGUGAAGCUAGUCAAAACAAUACGAACAUUUAGAAUCGUAAAAACUCUUUUGUCAUUUGAAACGUUUCAAGGUAAUCAUCACACCGUCUGUUAUUCACAUCUGUAUUUCACAACAUUGUCAAUUACAGCUGUUCCGUC